CUUCCGGGCGAUCCCGGAAGUAGUUCGUGGAGCACGCACAGUACUCCCGUAGCAAUAAGACGGUAUCCUCCGGCUGAAGGCGAGUCGGGCUCUGGGGUCUCCUUCCCUCGCUGUCUUGGCCCCGCGGCAGAGCAGCCAACAUGAGUCUGUUCGGAUCAACCUCUGGGUUUGGAACUGGCGGGACCAGCAUGUUUGGCAGCACAACGACAGAUAAUCACAACCCAAUGAAGGAUAUUGAAGUGACGUCUUCUCCUGACGAUAGCAUCGGCUGUCUGUCUUUCAGCCCACCAACCUUACCAGGGAACUUCCUUAUUGCAGGAUCAUGGGCUAAUGACGUUCGCUGCUGGGAGGUUCAAGACAGCGGGCAGACCAUUCCCAAAGCCCAACAGAUGCACACGGGGCCGGUGCUUGACGUCUGCUGGAGUGACGAUGGGAGCAAAGUAUUUACAGCAUCAUGCGAUAAGACAGCCAAGAUGUGGGACCUAAACAGUAACCAGGCCAUCCAGAUCGCACAGCAUGAUGCUCCUGUUAAAACCAUUCAUUGGAUCAAAGCCCCAAACUACAGCUGUGUGAUGACCGGGAGCUGGGAUAAGACUUUGAAGUCUCUUCCUCACCCUCCUCCUUGUUUUCAGUUUUGGGACACCCGGUCGUCAAACCCUAUGAUGGUCUUGCCACUUCCUGAGCGCUGUUACUGUGCCGAUGUGAUAUACCCAAUGGCUGUCGUGGCCACUGCAGAGAGGGGCCUAAUUGUCUAUCAGUUAGAGAAUCAGCCUUCAGAGUUCAGGAGGAUAGAGUCUCCACUGAAACACCAGCAUCGAUGUGUGGCUAUUUUUAAAGACAAACAGAACAAACCGACUGGUUUUGCCCUGGGGAGCAUCGAGGGGAGAGUUGCCAUUCAUUACAUCAACCCCCCAAACCCGGCCAAAGAUAACUUCACCUUCAAGUGCCAUCGAUCCAAUGGAACCAACACUUCAGCUCCUCAAGACAUUUAUGCGGUGAACGGAAUCGCCUUCCACCCCGUCCACGGCACCCUUGCAACUGUGGGGUCUGACGGGAGGUUCAGCUUCUGGGACAAAGACGCCAGGACAAAGCUAAAGACUUCAGAGCAGUUAGAUCAGCCCAUUGCAGCUUGCUGCUUCAACCACAAUGGAAACAUAUUCGCGUAUGCCUCCAGCUAUGACUGGUCCAAGGGACAUGAAUUUUAUAAUCCCCAAAAGAAAAAUUACAUUUUCCUGCGUAAUGCAGCUGAGGAGCUAAAGCCAAGGAACAAGAAGUAGUGAGCUGCGGGGGCCGGCGGGGCUUCCCUCCACUCCGCCUCAGCUGCACAAACUCGGGCCCUGGCCACGGUGGGCCUCUGGCUAUGGAUGUGGUCCACGCUGGAGGGAAGGACAUUCUUGCUCAGCAGGGAGCUGGCGAUUUGCUUCUCCGUCAUGCUCCCCACUGCAGCCUUCCUGUGACUCUAGGUGAUGGACAGAGUCUCACGGAAGUCAGAUCUUGUGGGUGCUGCUUCGUUCAGCAGUGUGUUGUAUUAGACAACGCUGGGAAGCUGUCUGUGCACCCUGUACUGUGUUUUACAAUAAAAUAUUUUGAGGUUGGCCCACUA